UCAGAAGAGAAGUGGGGUUGCUCCAAACCACACAGCACAUUUUGUCGUGAUUAGAAAAUACUCCACACCUUUUGCAGAGCAGUGGAGAAGACAGGAAUAAUUUUAAAUGCAAAUGAAACUGAGGGGGUAGCAGGAAGGGAACAGAUAAACCAGUAAAACAAAGCCUUUUUUCAGUUUUCUUUAAGUAGCAGGCUAAUGUGUUCUGAAGGGGGGGGGGGCUUUUCUCAGAUCUGUGCAAAGUGGUUUCAAUUUAUCACAAGAUACAGCAGGCUGAUUAGAUUUUUCUCCUCAACUCUUUAUUUUGAGAAGGAAAUGACAGUGAGUUGCUAGGAUUUAGAGGCAUUUUUAACACUACUCAGCUUUGCUUCAUGAUCUACAGUAGGAUGCAAGGAGGGCCGUAAUACUGGUGCUGCAGAAAACCACCCGGAAGAUCUGGAGAAGUUUUCCAUUAUGAUAUGCUUGCUAAUAUGGAAAUGGUUUCAUGCUAACUGACCAAGAAGAAGAGGAAACUGACUACAUCACUUUGAGGGGAAAAGUUGAAUUGGCAGCAAAAUCUUUCCAAGAUGGAUGGUCCCUUCAAGAUGGACUACUUGUUAGAUGUCGACGCAGCCUACCGACUGUUUUACAGUCAAGGAGCCCAAGCUCGCCGGGCGACCCUGCUCACUGUACCCACAUUAAUGGCGUCAUCUUCCGAGGAGGACAUAGACCGGCGACCCAUCAGGAGAGUCCGGUCCAAGAGUGACACCCCUUACCUAGCCGAGGCCAGGAUCUCCUUCAACCUCGAGGCAGCUGAAGAAGUGGAGAGACUGGCUGCAAUGCGCUCAGACUCGCUGGUUCCAGGGACCCACACUCCGCCAAUUCGAAGGAGAAGCAAGUUUGCCACUCUAGGAAGACUUUUCAAGCCAUGGAAAUGGCGGAAGAAGAAGAGUGAGAAGUUUAAGCACACGUCAGCAGCACUUGAAAGAAAAAUAUCAAUGAGGCAAAGCAGAGAAGAACUAAUCAAGCGAGGAGUGUUGAAGGAAAUUUUUGAUAAAGAUGGGGAACUUCCCAUACAAAAUGAAGAAGGAUCAUUGGAGAAUGGGCAGACUCUCUGUUCCAGCCAGGCUUCGCUCCCAGCCCUAUCAGAACUGGAUCCAUGUUCAGCAACUGGGGAUUCCUGUACAUAUGAAGUGCUCCCGACUCCAGAGAUCAUGGAUGGAACAGCGUCUGAAGAAAGUCCCACGUCCAGUGAAUCUGGUGUCCACCUAUCUCAAGAUCCUUCAUCUAAACCAGUCUUGCUACUGCCCCCCAAAAAACCUGCUGCUUUCUCUGGAGACCAUGAGGACACCCCAGUGAAACAGCUCUCCCUCCUCAAACAGCCCCCCGCCCUGCCUCCUAAACCCAUUGCCAGGAUUGCCAACCACUUAGCUGAUCCUGGUGCUCCUGUGAAACUGCCUUGUAUGCCAGUCAAACUAUCACCUCCGCUACCUCCAAAGAAAGUCAUGAUUUGCAUGCCUUUAGGGGGACCAGAUCUCUCCCUCACAUCCUAUUCCACGCAGAAGAGCUCCCAGCAACCAUUGGCUCCACAUCAUCACACGGUCCUACCGUCACAGUUAGCAAUGCACCAGCAUCCGUACGGCAGCCACAGCCCACACUUGCCUUCUGGAUCCAGCACGUUACCUAUGCACCCUUCAGGAUGCCGGAUGAUUGACGAAUUGAAUAAGACACUGGCCAUGACCAUGCAGAGGCUAGAAAGCUCUGGUUUACACGGGGGCGACAAUAUCACAAAAACUGGACCUGGAGGCCUUUCAGACAUGAGACAAGUGCCAACUGUUGUGAUCGAAUGCGAUGACAAUAAAGAAAAUGUGCCUCAUGAAUCUGACUAUGAAGAUUCUUCUUGCCUCUACACAAGAGAAGAAGAGGAUGAAGAUGAAGAGGAAGAUGAAGAAAGCUCAUUAUUUACAAGUUCCCUGGCAAUGAAAGUCUGCAGGAAGGAUUCUUUAGCCAUCAAACUUAGCAACAGACCAUCCAAACGAGAACUGGAGGAAAAGAAUAUCCUCCCCAUGCAGACUGAUGAGGAGAGGCUCGAGCUAAGACAGCAAAUUGGGACAAAGCUAACAAGACGACUGAGCCAGAGGCCAACUGCUGAAGAAUUGGAACAGAGGAACAUUCUGAAACCACGGAAUGAGCAAGAGGAGCAGGAAGAAAAACGGGAAAUAAAGAGAAGAUUAACACGCAAGCUAAGUCAAAGGCCCACAGUGGAAGAGCUGCGUGAGAGAAAAAUCCUCAUCCGCUUCAGCGAUUAUGUGGAAGUGGCAGAUGCUCAGGACUACGAUAGACGGGCAGACAAACCAUGGACGCGACUCACAGCUGCUGACAAAGCAGCAAUUCGCAAAGAGCUCAAUGAGUUUAAAAGCACUGAAAUGGAAGUUCAUGAAUUAAGCAGGCAUCUAACAAGGUUCCAUAGACCAUAGAAGUUCACUCCUACGUGAAUAUGACACCAUCUUCAAAACGUAACUGAAAAGAACCAUAAGUGCUGGUAUUAUUCACUUCUCUGUUACGUACAAUGUAAAUCUUCUGAACUGCCUUUUUAAAAACAAAAAUCAAUUAAAACAGGAAGGAAAAAAAGGAAACUAUAUUCCCCUGUACUGGGUAGAACUAUAUCAGAAGACCUGUUGGCACAACCCUUAGCAGCUGAAACCACCCACGGCAAGAAUCAUACCAAGAGUUGGCACUUCCAUUUAAAACUCUCCGCUGUGUGAAUUCCCCAUACUCAUUCAAAACCAGCCGCUCAUGCAUACUGGCUUUCUUCAAUCACCUGUUAUCCCUCCAACCAUCUUUCACCUGACUCCAAAGAAAACUAAGGCACUUGGUGCUGACCCAGACAUGACGAACAAAUGCUUCAAGAGGGCCUACUCUUCUUCUGGGUCAACACACUUCUACCAAACACUUCUUUCUGUUUGAGAGCACCUUAGAAAGAUCAGGAGGGUGAAGACCCACUCUGAGGAUCUACCUAUCUUUUGACACUUUCUGAGAAUUGUCCCUGGAGGAUCUUUUGGUUGGCUGGCUGGCUUUUGCAAGGGAACCACAAGAGGAUUCCUCAUCAUACAUCUCUUUAAUUCAAGUGACUCCUUUGCUGCAAAAGCAAUUUUUGAAAUGAUGACAGAUACAGGGAGAUUUGGGAACAAGCUUAUCUUUACAAGCUGAACAAGUCAGGUUGCCUUCUACCCUGCUUAAUGCUUCAUGGUCACAUUUGCACCUAUGCAGAGGUUGGCUGGCAAAGCAGCUGUGCUGGGUAACCAAAUCUAUAUGGCACACUAACUUUGCAUUCUGUAAGGUACAAGGUGGAGAAGAAUGGAGCUCAAGAUAACUGGAGGGCCAAUUUUACCCUGUAAGCAUGGUGUUUUGUUUUGUUUUUAAGAGCAGGGGUUUCUGUUUUGUAGAACACUACCUGGUGUAAAUAACAAAAUAUGAAUAGCUCAGUAUGAUACUGAGAACCAAAGCAUUUGGCAGAAAGCUCAAGGUGGGGUUGUUGUUUUUUGUUUUAAAAGUAUUGGCUCUUUUCUUUUAAUUAGUAAAGCGGCCCGUGCACACUGGAAAGCAUUAUAGGCCAAAUCGAUCAAAGCACUGGAAAGCUAGGCCUACCUAGCGAACAGAUCGUUAUUUGGUUCAUGUUUGCAUCUAUUUGAUGUCACUGGAGCAAAAGCUUCAUUCUCUUUCAGCAGCUGAGCCCUUAGCUACACCCAUCCCAAGCAAACCGUUAUAGCUAUGAUGGCUUCAUGCUCAGACUUUUUCACUGAUGUAGGAACAUAAUGAUAAUGUCUAGUCACUUGCUUUGGAAAGUGUGUGCAGGAGGCAUCACUUUUCUUUAAAGAAGAACACUUGUCACCCUACAUUCUUGCCUCACACAUUAAAAUUCUUUCCACAGAAUUCCAUUCAAGGAUUGUCUAACUGUUAAAGGGUUGAAGAAAACCCUCCCCACUCCCCGAGUAAAAAAAAUUGGCUUGACAAGUGAUUCUUGAAUUCAUCCUGAAAAUGAGGGCAGAACAGUGAGAAGUAUUUAGGAACAAAUGUGCAAAACACUUUGUUUCGGAAGGAAGGAGGGCACACUGAAAAAGUCUGAAAAAUAAAGGGAUUGUCCCAUUACCAUUAGGGAUGUGCACGGAACCGGUUCGGAGGCUCUUUAUGGGAGAACCCUUAUAGGAGAACCUUAUGGGAGAACCCUUUACGGGCCUUCCUUUAUGGGCCUCUGAACCAGUUCGAAGAACCAGAGGUUACACCAGUUCGAAGGCAGCGGGGGUGCCACUUUAAGAGCGGGGUAGGGUGCACUUACCCCUCCUGCCUCUUUCCCACCGCCGGCAUCCUUUGUUUAU